GCACAAGCAAGCGCACGCACGCACGCGCGGCUUUCUCUCUCCUCCCCCUCUCUCUCCCCUUCACCUCCGCACCCAACAAUGGCGCAGCCAGAGAAGGUCUCGUAAUCCAAAGCGGCCCGCCUCGAAUCCCCUCGCGCAGCCGCCGCCGCCGCUCGAUCCCCGCGGCGUCGCGCGGGGUCACCGGAGGAGAGCCGCCUAACAAGCCCCUCGCGAGCCCCCUGGGGGUAUUCUGCUCCAGCCGGAAGGAAUCCGCGGUGGAAGGCCGCCUUCGAACUCGCGGAGAGGAGAUUUUACCCGAGGGUUUCGAUUCCGAGCUUGGGAUGUACGGUCAGGGAGGGAACUUCAAUCCGCAGUAUCGGCAUGCUGCGCCACCGCCGCCGCCGCAGCAAGCUGGGGUAACGGGUGGCUUCCCUCAGCAACCACUACCACCGCCGCCGCCGCGAAUGGCACAGUAUCCGCAGCCGCCAGCAAUGGCGGCGCCGCCGCCUGGACCGUACCAGCACAGGAUGCCACUGGUUCAGAACCAGGCCUACCCUUUUGCCCAGAUGCAUCAGAUGCCAAUGCUACCUCAGCAGAGGGGUUACGCCCAGAUGCCAAUGCCAGGGCCGCCAUCGCAGCCGCCGCCUCCACAAGCUAUGUAUCAGGCCCAUCCUCAGUAUCCCAUGCCAGGGUCUCUCCCUCCACCGCCGCCACGGCCACCAAGCUUUGCUCCAGAGAAUGCGCUGCCACCAUCUAGCCCCCCGCCUCCAUCUCCCCCACCACCACCACCGUCUUCUCCACCUCCUGUGCCCCCUUCACCAACCGCUGCCCCCACAACUGGGCAGUCAUGGAAUUCAGAGCCAGAAAGAAAAGAAGGUGCCACUGCCACAGAUGUUGGUCAUGAUGUCAAAACUGAGAAGGUGACUAAUCAGCUAAUUGUCUCUGAUGACUCGGAUAUGGAUAUGGAUGCUGACGAGGACUCUCCAUCAAGGGAACAUGUCAGUCCAAUCAAUUCUUCACUUGCAACUGCUGAAUGUACUGGAAAUGUUAACACGCGAAAGCCUGCGUGUGAUGUUUCUAACCUUGUCAAGGACAGUGGUGGUAAGGCUAAAACUACAAAUGUAACUGAUGAAGGUAGGAGCACAUUCCAACUAAUUCAAGGCUAUGCCUCAGAUGACAGUGAAGAUGAGGAUGGUGCUUGUGCUGUCAGCAACCUUGUGCCAUUGACUGAAAAUAAUGAGCCUGUUCAUUCAAUUGGUACAAAUCCUGAUAUUGGCCAUCAACUCCUUACUGAAGCUGCUCCUUGCACUGAGAGAAGUUUGGAGGAUCGAGAGCAUCAACUCAUGAGUAAGAGCAAUCCAGUGAAACAUGAUUCAGAUGAACUUGGACAUCCAGUCAAAGAAGAUUUAAGUGGCAAUGAUUCUGAUAGAGGGCAACAGACUAGAAGACAUGGCAGGAGCCAGUGGAAACGAAGCCGUGGCCAGUCACCUCAGGGCAGGAGGAGCUGUAGCCCUCUGUCCCAAAGUUUAUCAUCUGGAAGGCAAAGCAAUUCUCCACUUGCUAAGCGGGCUAAUCUACUCGAGAGCAAAUCACCAGAUGGAGUGGGUCAGACUUUCAGGGCACAACCUGGCGUCAAGCUUGGUAUAAGCAAGGAUGGAUUCUACAACGACAAACAUGAUUCCCCUGUAAAAGUUGCCACUCCUUUUGAUAUUCAUCCUGCUGGAGGGCACAUUUCAGGAGAUAGAAUAUCUGAGCAAGAUGGCCUGAUGGGAACAAAGAAGUUUAAUGGUUCUCCAGAUGAUAUAGAUUGUAACGAGAAAACGAAUGAUGCAUCUGUUGGUUCCUUUGGACCACAUGGUCAUGGUGCAGUUUUAACUUGUGGACCUUCUCAAUCAGUUGCUUCUUCUGCAAAUGGUUCUGAUCCUCAUAAGAUGCAAAGGUCAGGCCGUGCAUCAAUACCUCAAUCAGACAUGGAUAAAUCAUCUCUGGGUGCUCAUCAAAGUCUUUCGAGUCAACCUCCAGGAAUCUCAUUUGCAACAGUACAUGCUACUGAGAAGAAUAUGAUGUGUGAUGUGCUCCAACCUCAUUCUCAGAAUUUAUGUCCUCCUGGACAGAUGCCAUCUGGUUUGAGACCAGCUCAUAUACCAUCCUCAAAUAUAACCCCACUCCCAGGGCAACAGUUACUUUCGACUCCAGAAUUUCCUCAGAUGCACUUCCAGCCUAAUGUUAUGGCACCAGCUAAUGAGUUUCUGCAGAGUCAGAUGCAAACCUAUCCUGCACCAGAUCUGCCUCAUCCUAGGCCAUUGGAUUUCCAUCCUCAUACUCUCCAGCCAGUUGUCCCUCCUCAUCAGCAGCCUGCUGCCAUGGUUCACUCCUCUUUCCAAAGAUUCACACCAAAUCUACCAGGAAGUACUGAAUUUGGUGCUAUAUCUGAUACUGAUCUGCCUAAAUCAUCUAUCAAGCCCCACUACAACCCUUUUGCGUCUACCUUUGAACAAACAGAUCCGACUCUAAAUAUUGGCUGUGAUGUUAUCCCAAAUCCAGUUGAGUCUGCUUCAACAAAAGCAGCAGAACACGCGAAUGCACUGUCACCUUUUGGUCUGUCGGUUCCUGGAUCUGGAACUCAUGUGCGUGAGAAUUCUGCGGAAGUUGUUUCCAGUCGGCAAAAGCAGCCUCAUCGUGAAUUCACUUCUAGUGCUCCCUAUGAUCCACUGCUCGACAGUAUUGAACCCUCAAGCAGUUCAAUCAACAAAAUGGAUCUUGGUCGAGAGGCAAAUCUGAGUGCUAGCAAUCAUAAUGCAUCUAAAAUUGUGAACAUAGAAGUGGAGAGUAAAAAUAUGCAUGGCCUGGGGCUUGUUGCUGAAUCGGAAGUUGAAGAAUUUGGAGAGGUGGCAGCAGAUACUGAAGCAGGUGUUGUGGAUAAUUUAAGUCCUGAGCCCUUGGGUGCAAAAGACUGGAGCUCAGAUAUGCCCGGUGAUAUUGACAAUGAUGAAUCGGUGGAUAAAAAUAAGAGGACUAAGGAUUCCAGAUCAAUGAAGCUAUUUAAGGUUGCUAUUGCAGAUUUUGUUAAAGAAGUUCUUAAGCCAUCAUGGAGGCAGGGAAACAUAAGUAGAGAGGCUUUCAAAACCAUUGUCAAGAAAACAGUUGAUAAGGUUUCUAGUUCUGUCCCUAACAAUCAUAUUCCAAAAACGCCAGCCAAGAUCAAGCAGUAUGUCCAGUCCUCUCAAAAGAAAGUGACCAAACUUGUAAUGGGCUAUGUUGACAAAUAUGUGAAGCUAUAGUUGGAUCAGUAAAUGGGACUAUGAACUGGAGCAAUCAGGACAGUGUCCUUUUCCUGUUGCAGAAAUCGUGAUGGGACUAUGGACUAUGAACAGCUCACACGAAUCUGAGCUAUGCUAUGGUAUUUUGGAUCAUCAAUUUGCAGUCUUUCAGCAGUAAGGGAUUCCGGGUAAUAGUUCUGCAGAAAUGGAUGUAUUUAUCAGAAAAUCACGAGUUUACAUUGGAACAAUUGCUGCCUAGUCUUCAUAGCCUUGUAAGAUGUAUCUUUGCUCCACUGUUUCUUUUUUUCUUUUCUUUUGAGUAGUUUGCUCUACUAUUUCACCAUCAUUAGGCAAGUGAUAGUAGAACGUUCUUUAAUACUGACUGCAUGAACGCAUUGCUGAAAAGAAUUAUAUUUCUUCAAGGUAAAUGUAAAUGAUUUAAUCUUAUUGCUACUUCAAUAGUUCAAUGAACGUGUUCAUGUCUGAUUUA